CAGAGCGCUGAGGUCCCGGGGCAAGGAGCUCCUGUGGGAACUUCGCAGCGUCUCUCUCAACAAAGCCUUCGCUCCCUUUUUCCCUUUUUUUUUUUUUUUUUUUUGCCUCGGGCGGAUUUUGUUGCCCUACAGGGCUAACACCCUGCAGCCUUUACUUGAUCAAACCGUUCCUCCUCGUCCUACCCCAGCCAUGGUGAUGUUCAAGAAGGUGAAGAACUUCGCUGUGGCCUUCAGCGAGCCCGACAAGGUUUACUUCAGCGGGGACAAGGUGGCCGGGCGAGUGCUGGUGGAGGUGGCCGAGGUGACCCGUGUCACCGCCGUCAAGGUGCUGGCGUGUGGCGUGGCCAGGGUGACCUGGGCCAAGGGCCCGGCCCAGUGCCGGCAGGAGAUGGAGUACCUGCGCUUCGAGGACGUGCUGGCCCUUGAGGAGCAGCCCACAGAUGACGACGGCUCAGUCAUCCUGAGACCCGGCAACAAGUACGAGUACAAAUUCGGCUUCGAGCUGCCCCAGGGGCCGCUGGGCACCACGUUCAAGGGCAAGUACGGCUCUGUGGAUUACUGGGUGCAGGCGUCUCUGGAGCGCCCGUCCUGCCCCGCUCAGCUGAUCAAGAAACGCUUCGAGGUGAUGGAUCCUGUGGAUGUGAACACCCCAGAAUUGCUGUCUCCAGUUGCAGCCAAAAAGGAGAAGAAAGUGUCGUGCAUGUUCAUCCCCGAUGGCCGCGUGUCUGUCAGCGCCCAGAUCGACAGGAAGGGCUUCUGUGAAGGCGAUGAGAUCUGCAUCAACGCCGACUUUGAGAACACCUGCUCGCGCAUCGUGGUGCCCAAGGCCGCCAUCGUGGCCAAGCACACCUACCUGGCCAACGGGCAGACCAAGGUGUUCUCCCAGAAGCUCUCCUGCGUCCGUGGCAACCACAUCAUCUCGGGCACCUCCGAGUCGUGGCGGGGCAAAACCAUCCGCGUGAGGAAGCUGAAGCCUUCCAUCCUGGGCUGCAACAUCCUCAGGGUGGAAUACUUCCUGCAGAUUUACGUCAGCGUCCCGGGCUCCAAGAAGAUCAUCCUGGAGCUGCCCCUGGUGAUCGGGAGCCGCUCCGGCAUCGGCAGCCGCAGCUCCAGCAUGGCCAGUCAGACCAGUUCCGAGAUGAGCUGGGUGGACCUGAACCUGCCCGACGCUCCCGAGGCUCCCCCGUGCUACCUGGACAUCGUGCCCGAGGAUCACCGCCUGGAGAGCCCCACCACGCCCCUGCUGGACGAUCCCGACGGCUUCGACAGCCCCAUCUUCAUGUACGCGCCCGAGUUCAAGUUCAUGCCGCCCCCCACCUACACGGAGGUGGAUCCCUGCGUGUCCAACAACAACAACAACACCAACAACAACAACAUCGUCCAGUGAGCUCCGCACCCACACCCGGGCUCUGACUGCACAGCGCGUCUGGAAAAGGGAAAAAAUGUCACAUUCCUGAGGAGCUGCUGCAAAUUCCUGCAAUCCCCGAGGGGUUCCUGCAGCCCCGGGAGCUGCUGCGCUCCCAGGAAUCGUUCCCGAGGAAUUCCUGCGCUCCCCACCUCAAAUCUGGAGGGACAGAAAACACCUCAAGGAACUGUGGGGAGACCAAGCAGAUCCGGCUGGGAGAUCUCGGCUGGCGCGGUGCUGGUCCUGUCGUGACGGGGACAGGCAGGGAGUUGUGGUUUUUAAUUAAUUCCAGCCUCAUUUCGUGACUCUGGGCGCUCCCGCCGAGGGAGGAGGGGGCGCUGUGACAUCGUGCAUCCGUCCUGUCGCGACACAGAGUCGGUGUCACGACCUUUUGUACUCUGGUUUUGUACAUAGUCUGUCGGGGGGGGGUGGGAAGCACAAAAAUGCAAAUUUUGUACUUUUUUUUCGCAGCCCCUGGGGGGCAAAGUUUGUAAUAAAGUUGUAAUAAAUAAAUGAAAUUA